AUGCGAGAUAAAAAAAAAGAAAUUACGGAGAAGGGAACUUACGAUGUGGAGGUGCGCGGGGGUCCAGGAGAAGGCCGAGGAGGAGAUGCGAUCGGCCAGGCCGGCGAGGAAGUGCGGAGCAAGCGGAAGCUGGCGGGCGGCGGAGAGGGGGAGAUGAGGUGGAAGAGUUGGCCGGCGAUGGCGGGGUCGGGGAAGAGGGAGAGAGCGUGGAUGAGCGGGGAGACGAGGUAG